CAAAAAACUGCAGAAUGCGGACGACAUGAGUUUACUUUGGGCUUCAGACAACAAGCUUUCAGGUUCUUGUACUGUAUGUUUACUCAAAUCAUCUCUUCUCUUUCUCUUUCUUUUCUAGUGUUUCACAGUUAUACACUGCAGAAAGUCUUGUUCACGAGUUCAUUUUUCCACGUCAUCCAUCAUCAGUAUGAGUUUCUCAACCAUGCCCGCCAUCUUUGAGAAUGUAGAGCUGUCAGAGGAGCUGACUACGGCCCUUGCUGCGGGACGGUGGUGGGCGAUUAUGGAGGUGUCAGACCCCAUCCCUGACGAUUAUCAGUUCGACUUCUCCAUCUCAGAGGAGUGGGGGGAAACGGAAGAGGCAGGAGCAACAUCACGCCCUUCAUCCCUCGUCUUCAGUGAUGCAUCUGAGAAGGCUCAUUUCCAACACUCGGGCUUCUCAGAUGCAAAGCUGAAGACCACACCGGAGUGGAGGAGGAAGAGGACGCAGGGAGAGCCCUUCUCUUCCAGAUCGCCUGUGCCCGACAGAUCCGCCAGAUCCUCAGAGGGAGCGCCUGUGCCUGCUUGGUUCCCAAAGGAAGCUCCUGUCCCCAGAGGGUCCCAACAAAGAGGAAAACUCAGGAUUCCUCUGCAUUUGACGAAACAUCUUAUAAAGGCCUCUUUGGAAACACCCAUGCCCAUCCAGUCUCCACAGAGGGAACCAGUGUCUGCCUCAAAGGUGUUCACACACUCCUCACAUGGAGCAUCCAUGCAGGACAAGAUAGGAGCUCGUCCCAAAGUAAAGAUCCCUGAGCCUGAGAUAGCGCCUCUGUCUUGUUCUCAGGCAGAUCUUGUUGUUAAAAAGAUCUCCGAGAGGAGAGAUGCUGAAAUCCCUGAGCUGCGGAUGCAGAAUACCCAUAAUGCACCAGAGCCCGAGUCUUCUGCAAAACUGAGGAUCCCGAAGCAGAGGGAGAAGUUGAGGGAUUGGUGGGAGCAUCAGCAGAGGCAGAAGAACAUCCAAAAGGGAGUGUCUGACAGUGCCGGAGUGGACAGGUCAGCCUCACAAAACAAGCAGCGGAUGGCGAUCCAAGUCAACGACCGACAGUCGGAUCCAGGCGGCGCAGACCAAAUGGAUUAUUUAUGUUGCUUAUUUGCAAAAUGUUUUGUCAUUUAAAAUAUUUAAUUUUUAUUUUGUUAAACGUGUGAGUCUUAUAAUAAAUAUAUAUAUAUAU